AUGUCCACCCGCAAGAGAAAGCAAGAAGAGGAGGAGGAGCUUGUCUCCCUUCCCGAUGACGACGGUGAAGAGGAAGAGGAGUAUGAAUCAGAGGAAGAUGGAGAGGAGGGUGAUGAUGACGUUGAGGAAGAGGAGGAGGAUGAGGAGGAAGAGGGAGAUGCCGAGGAAGACGGAGACGCCAACGGCGUAGACGAGAAAGCUCCUCCAUCGAAGAAGCGGAAGACCGAGACCGCUGCCACGGAUGACGCGGCCGAUGCUGAAGAGGCUGCCGAUGAGGAGGAAGAGGCGGAAGACGAGCCCGAGGGUGAAGACAACGCUGAGGAGGAGGAGGAGGAGGAAGAGGAGGCCGAGGCCGAUGAGGAGGCUGCCAACGGCGUCGAGGACGCUCCGGCCAAGGGCGAUGUCAAGGCUGCUGAGGCACCUGCCGCCACUAACGGCGAUGCUGCCAAGGCUGUUGCUGCUGGCGGUGAUGCCGAAGAGUAG